AUGCUACCUGCCGGCAGAAGGUUUGUGAUAGGGGCUGGGUGGUAUGGUGGUGUUCAGCGGCUCAUGGAGCACCCCCUCGUGGUCGACACGCCGACGGCCUGCUGCGGCAUGGGACGGGACGGGGGUGAGGGCCCAGCCGGCAGACUCCGUCUCCCAAUCCUCAGGGCCUUGACAACCAACACAGCAUUCGAGUGGACCCAAGAUCUGGCGGGAACGGGCCCGGUCCCGCCUGUCUGCGAAAUCUUCUGUCAAACCCUAGCUAUCCGUCUCCGGCCCGUCGUCGAGGACUGGGCCUCGACGCGCUGA